AUCCGAAUUUGAUUAUAGUUUUGUAUAGAUCAGAUAUAUCCGUUUUAUUGAUUUAGUUUUAGUUAGAGGAUCGAAGAAGGCUUGAAAAAAAAUACACUUAAGAAUUGUAUAAUACUGUUAGAGGAUUGAAGAAGGCUUGUAAAUAGAGUUGUAAGCCCCGAAAAUGGGGAACAUUUCUGUCUGUGUCACUGUGUUGAGUUGUUUUUUUGUAGCAGAUGGAUUUAAAGAGGACGCUACCCCUUCUUCGUCUUGCUAACUCCCGUAACUUCAACACUUUGGCUAAGGGUGGAGAUGUAAAAGUCUACAAGGUCCAUCUUUUCCCUGAUAUGUCCAUGCAUCGAAGUAGAUUUGAAAAAAAUGAAAAGUGGUUCAACGCUCUUUUGGUGCUUUGUAAUAUUGAUCCCUCAACAGUGAUUAGGCAUCCAAACAACGACGAGGGUAUGUGGUUUCAGGCCCCUCUGGGUGAAUCUCAAUUGAAACAACUACGAAAAUUAGCGGGAUGCAAAUCUGCAAAAGAAAUACCCGAGGGCCCUCAUUAAGAGUUUUCGUAAGACUUGUAAUCCUACUUUAACCUGUAUCUUUGAGCAAAACUUUAGGAAUGUCUUACUUCAUUAGAAUUGAGAACUUAUCAUGAUUCGCUCUUUGUGAUGUAAUGCUAUUUGGAAUAGCUUUAGAUUAUUAAAAGAUUGUGAUCGUACCUGAUUGUUAAUAAUGAGUGAUAGUGUUUGGAUA